AUUAUUCGUGGCGUAAUUGCCCCAUUUAGCACAGCUCGCUUGACACAAAAGUUACCAGCUGAUCUGCUGGGAAGAAAACGGUCUACUGCUACUGAAGAAAACGGUCAAGACGGGCACUUCCUCUUAGUGUAGCGGUGUUCGGAGUCGAUCACAUUUUUAUCAUUAACCUUUUAGGCUGAGUCAUGCGUUCCUUGUCUCGCGUCAAAUUUGCCAAUGUUUAUGCAGGAAUGAUUGAUUUGUGCACUUGUGCCGAAACCUACUUAACAAAAAUAAAACAAAUUUUUGUCCUGUUAUGUUGUUUAAAGAGUGAAAAUGCACUUGGAUAAAAGUAAAAAUGUACUUUUCGAAUAAAAUAGAAAUAAAGAGAGAGAAUCAUUGCCGCAAAAACAAAAUCAACACUAAUAUAAACAUAAUAUAUUAAAGAAAAUAUUUCAGCAGUAAUAACAGUGAUUGAUUAUUGUUUUGUGCGAGUCGGUGUGAAGGACCGGUUGGGUUCAUCUAGGCUCCCGACCCUUGUGUUUAUGCUAUAUAUAAGCACAUCAUGGCAUAAUAUAGUACCAGGGUAAAUGCGAAUGGAUUACCGGUACAUAAAAUAUAAAUAAGAUAAAGAAAUUAGUGAAUGAUGCACAAAUUAAAGUGUAAAAUAUGUCAUAAAUUACAGUUAAACAUGUACAGAAACGGGAUAUAAAAAUGAACAUUUAUUACGAUCUUCCACGCAUCUGGAACUCUGAAUUGUUCAACUAUUCCCAUAAAUAUGAAAAUCCUAUCCAAACUGCCAUCGGACGACAGUUGAUGGUUCGCCUAGUUGGCUAGAUUUUAUUUCAAUUUCAUCUUCAACGAGUAAAAAUCAAACAGACGAACUAUGAUUAUGUCCAAAAUAGUAUUAUGCUCUUUGUACUAACCACAUGUAAAAUGAAAAUCUUGCACAGGGUAAUCGCUAUAAUAUAUAGGGCCAUCAUUCUCUGCGGCUAUGAAUACGCAAUGAAUACACUGCGCCGCAAACGACUAUAAAUGGUUAUUUUACUCUUGUAGCAAUCAUUACAGCAACGUGUCAUAGCAGAGAGUGAGUUAAGUUUUAGAGGAUUAAAUAUAAAUAUACAGCGGGAUUGUUUGGAGAAAAACAAAAUAUUUGGGACCAUAUUUAGUCACGCGAAAGAAUCAGUGACCCGCGACGCUGACCUGAUAUGUUUCUAAGGAGACGGUGAAGCAGCAAAAUUCCCGGAGACGUUCUGAUUUCUUUUUCUGUAAAUGAUUUUGCUAGUCUAUAUCUACUAAGUUUCUCUUGGUGCGAAAUAAAGGCAAUGGCGUCUCUUCAAGGGAUCGAUCCCGCACUAAAAGAAUAUCUUAAAGUACACCAACUUCCCGAAGUAUAUGAGUGUAUCCUUACUGGUUUGAUGAUAGCAUGUCCAGAGGAUCCUUACAAAUGGGUUGUUGAAAGCAUUAAAAAAAUACGCGAUCAAGGUCUGGAUACAAUGACAUGGGAUAUGUUCGUUCCAUUUGAAUGUCAGCCAAAGAUAAAACAAAUGGCAGAAAGUUACUUGGAUGAGAUUUUCAAGUUCUAUGACAAGUUAACCCCAUCACCAGAUAUGCUGAAAGCAGCUUAUAGCCAUUAUUAUGGCAGAUUACAAAAAAUAUGUUUCAAAGGAUGGCUUAAAUACUACUUGGACAAGAAAAAUCAUCGAAAUAUGAUUCGAAAUAAAGUCAAAGAAGCCAGACAAUACCACAGGACAAGAAUGAUGAGAAUAUCAUUUUCUAAAUGGCAUACUUGGAAAUGUUACGUGAAAAAGAGACAAAAUAGUGGUUUUGAUAUGAUUUCAAAAGUUUGGAAUGAAUCAGUUUGUCGGCUUGUUUUUCGAGCUUGGAGAUCGGUUGCUGUAGACGCACGUAAGACUAGAGAAUAUUUUGAACGUCUAGAACGUGGAGAAUUGGAUGAAGAAUUCGGUGUCGAAACUGGAGACAAGGAUCUGCCUAGUGAUACAUUUAGAGAUGAAGUGUCUUUGCUUCCACGAAGAUGUGCUAUACAAAUAUUCAGUAACCUGAACUUGAUUGAACUUAGUAGAUGUGCAAAAGUUUGUAGAGCAUGGAAAGUUAUAACUGGAGCCCCUUCAUUAUGGAGUCAUCUUAACUUCAGUAGAAUUAAAAAUAAAGUGAAUGAUAGAGCCAUUAUUCAGUGCUUACAGAAGAGUCGUCCAUACCUUGUACAUCUCAAUCUUCGACAAUGUUUUGCUGUGCAUUGGCCUGCUUUUAAAGCAAUUGCUGAAUGCAGAAAUCUUCAGGAUAUAAACAUUUCAGAAUGCAAAGGAGUCAAUGAUGAAAUUAUAAGAGCAAUUGCUGAAGGAUGUCCAGUGCUGCUGUAUCUCAAUCUCUCAUACACUGAAAUAACCGAUGGCACAUUGCGUACAUUGGCAAGAUGUUGUCUGAACAUGCAAUACUUGAGUCUGGCAUAUUGUAACAAGUUCACAGAUAGAGGUUUGUACUAUCUGGCUACUGGGAAAGGAUGUAAGAAACUGACUUAUCUUGACCUGUCUGGCUGCACACAAAUAACUCCUCAGGGAUUCAAGCAUAUAUCUAACGGAUGCAAUGGGCUUCAAUCACUGUUUCUGAAUGAUCUACAUACUCUUACUGAUAGCUGUCUAACAAAUAUUGCAGAGAAAUGCCUGAAUAUCAAGGGAUUAUAUCUUAUUGGAUCCCCAAAUCUUUCUGAUUCUUCGUUCAAAGCUCUAGCACAAGGGAAGAGACUACAGAAAGUUCGAAUCGAAGGAAACCAAAAGAUUUCGGAUAAUACAUUUAAAACAUUCGGAAAGCUAUGCCCAAUGCUUGGCCACAUUUAUGUCGUGGAUUGUCAGAGAAUCACAGACAUGAUGUUGAAAGCACUUGCUUCGUUAAGAAACAUCAUUGUCAUCAAUGUUGCGGAUUGUGUGAGAAUCAGCGACUCAGGAGUGAGACAGCUAGUGGAAGGUCCUUCAGGACCGAAGAUUCGAGAAAUGAAUCUCACAAAUUGUGUGAGAGUUAGUGAUGUCUCUCUACUGAGAAUAGCACAAAGAUGCCAUGGAUUAACUCACUUAUCACUAUGUUUCUGUGAGCAUGUAACAGAUGCUGGAAUUGAAUUGCUUGGGAACAUGGUUUCAUUAACGCAUGUCGACCUGUCUGGCACAAACAUUCAAGACCAGGGUCUUACUGCACUCGGAACCAACAGUAGAUUGAAGUCGAUAGUAAUAUCAGAAUGUUCAUCCAUCACUGAUCUUGGUUUACAAAAAUUUUGUCAACAAGUCAAAGAAUUGGAAGAACUUGAUGUUUCCCAUUGCAUGACUCUCACCGAUACAGCAAUAAAAAAUCUAGCUUUCUGCUGCAGAAUGCUGACAAGCUUAAAUCUUUCUGGAUGCCCAUUGUUCACUGAUCUAAGCAUUCAAUACUUGUCUGGCGUUUGUCAUUACAUUCAUAUCCUCAACAUAUCAGGCUGUAUCCACAUCAGUGACAGAGCACUUAAAUAUUUAAGAAAAGGAUGUGCACAACUUCGAGUUUUAAUAAUGCUUUAUUGUAAAAGUGUGACAAAGGCUAUGGCUCACAAAUUCCGGUCGAAAUUGGAAAAACUUGAAUACAGCAGCGAUGAAGUUCCAAGCUGGUUCAAUUAUGCUGUUGCUCCUUCGUUGCAUGGCAAAAAGAAACCUGUUCGAGCAGAUGAAGGUCCAAAGUGGAUUGAGCUGGAAGAUACAGAAUGAAGCAUUAACGUGGAAAUAGGGAAUAUUCGAAAGUGCCAUUCCAAAGUGAAUCCUCUGCAUAACACGAACAGAUAAAAUUUAACAGUAUAUUACAUACAAAGCGAUUUGUAAACCAUGACCACACUUACACUUCCAACCAAAAAUUGGAUACUUUAAACAAAUUUCAAUAUUGAUGAAAUAAUAUUUUUAACUAAUGCUAUGAAUGAUGACAUAAGGACAGUUUUAUCACGUUCAACUUUUAUUAGUUAUUUUUGCAUUUAUAGGUGAAAAAUGUUAUGUGCCAAGGCCAAGCUACCUAUCUCUAUCAAAUGCAGAAGUUUUGUAUGAGACAAUUUCACAUUUUAUUUUAUUUGUUAAUCUACAAGGCACAAAUCCAUAAUUUAUAUAUCCUUAAAAAUAAGAUAGAUAUAUUUUAAUUUUUUGUUACUUUAUAUCUUUAUAAAU